AUGGUACUAAAGACUAUAUACAUUGUUAGACACGGGUACCGUGAAAACUGGCUUCCAGAAGACCAGCAGCGCGACAGUCCGCUAGGAGACAACGAAAGCGACCCUUUGCUUGCUCCUCAUGGCGUGGAACAGGCCCACGAACUGGCCGACUAUAUAUCCGACAAACUGGAGCCUAAACCUGAAUUAAUAUUCUCGAGUCCUUUUUACAGAUGUAUUGAGACAAUUGAGCCGACGGCGAAAAAGCUGGGACUGAAAAUAUACCUAGACCGCGGGCUUGGGGAAUGGUACAGACGCAGCAGGUCCCACAUCCCAGAGCCUGCGACAAUCGACGUGCUGUCGCAAUAUUUUGCAGCUCUGUCGGACGAGUGGCUUCCAGAAACGGUUGUUCCUUCGUUGGAGGGGGAGGAAGAGGACGAGCUUUUGGAGAGAUGCAGGCUGUUCUGGGAGAAGUUCAUACCGAAGGUCGAGUCGUUGUAUCCGCAAGUCACCUCUGUGAUCCUUGUCACCCAUGCUGCUUUGAAGAUCGCUCUUGGAAUGUCGCUCAUGGGAUACCAAAAUACAAGGGAGUUUUUGAGAGUUGAGCACGGUGGAGAUGGCGUGAGCACCAGGAUACAGGCCAGCACAUGCUCGCUAGACCGCUACGAGAAAAACACUAAUGGCUGGGUUAUGACAAUGAACGGUAAUACAGAGUUUCUUAGCGCAGGUCCGGAGAUGAACUGGCACUUUGCUACCGCACAGUUCGAGGCUGGAAGCAAGGAGGAUAUUGAGGCACGAAAAAAAGCUGCCCAAGUAGCCAAUGCGAGGCCUUGCACAUGA